AGGUGCAAGAAAGAAUUAAAGAUAAAUAAUAUUAUCAAUUAAAUUGCUGUUUUCACUUCAACCUCCUGUUGAUGUUGGUUGCCACAGUGAUUGAGACUUGAAAGCGCCCAUAUUUUCAUGUCUAUUGACACUGAUAGUUGAUAUAUUACUCUAUUUUUGACCCUCUCUACUCUAUUUUUUCCUCCACCCUUUUCUUUAUCCUUGUCAAGGCUAAAUACUGUUUAACAAGUAGACUAAACUUCCAGCUUCCAGACACUCAAACAGACAGAGAAAGAAAGAAAGACAGAGAGAGAAUUAAUUAUAAUGGGGUCUCUUGGAGAUGAAACUGCAACAAAAAACGCAAUGUGGCUCUAUCCUAAGUUGCUUGGAUUUAAUCCUUCUCAAAGAUGGGGGCACUCUGCUUGCUACUCUCAUGGAUUUGUUUAUGUCUUUGGGGGAUGUUUCGGGGGUUUGCAUUUCGGUGAUGUCCUAACUCUAAAUCUUGAUACUAUGUCUUGGGAUACUCUUGCAACUACUGGGCAAGGACCGGGCCCGAGAGAUAGCCAUAGUGCUGUUGUUGUGGGGCGUCAAAUGUUCGUAUUUGGAGGUACUAAUGGCUCUAAGAAAGUAAAUGAUCUUCAUGUAUUAGAUCUUGUUACGAAAGAAUGGUUUCACCCUGAAUGUAAAGGAACUCCUCCAAGUCCUCGCGAGAGUCACACUGCCACGCUUAUUGGUGAUGAUAUGAUAAUGAUAUUUGGGGGUAGUGGAGAAGGUGAAGCAAAUUAUUUAAAUGAUUUGCAUGUUUUAGACCUUAAGACUAUGCGAUGGAGGUGUCCGGCAGUUAAGGGAGAUAUUCCUGUUCCCAGGGAUAGUCAUAGUGCUGUUGCAAUAGGUAAUGAACUUUUUGUGUAUGGUGGUGAUUGCGAUGACCGGUAUUAUGGCGAUGUUGAUGUACUCGAUACUGAUACGAUGACUUGGACAAAGCUUAUCGUUCAAGGAUGUUCGCCGCGUGCCAGAGCAGGUCAUUCUGCUGUAAAUAUCGGGAACAAGGUUUAUGUCAUUGGUGGAGUUGGAGAUAAACAUUAUUACAAUGAUGUUUGGGUUCUCGAUGUGGUUGCUUGUUCGUGGACUCGACUCGAUAUAUGUGGCCAGCAACCUCAAGGGCGAUUUUCUCAUACUGCUGUUGUUACGGACUCGGAUAUUGCUAUCUAUGGAGGAUGCGGAGAGGAUGAACGUCCUCUGAACGAGUUGUUGAUCUUGCAGCUUGGAGCAACACAUCCUAAUGGUCGUCACAAUAUUUCCGAGUACAAAAUUUUCGGAAAACAUUGGAAUCAGGCUCCUGGAGGAGCUGAAAAUAACUCAGUCAGGAAAGGAGUUCAUGGACUGGAAUCAGAAUUGAAAAAAGCUUUUUGGUUCACUUCUGAUAUUCCAUAUACAAAAAGGAAAAGAACCGCUAAUUCAAAGUCAUGGGAGGUUGAAUCGGAACAGGAAGAACAUUCUCUUUCACUCUCUCAACAUUCUUCUCCAUCGCAAUCCGAUCAAGAGCAGACUCCAGUUAGAAAAGCGGCAGAUUCCAUUACACCUGCUCAAGGAUUUAAUUUGUUCAAAUUAAAUCAAAUUCCAAGAAAUUGCCAACCUAAUGAUGCUACUAAUUACCAAAAAGAAUUAAUUGGAAAUACACUCCAAACAAGCACUCCAUACAAUCUCCAAAUAUUAAGACAUCACAAAAGACCUGAACAAUGUGUUCAUGUUGUUCAUAGUAGAGGUAAACAAGGACUUCGUUUCCCAGCUAUCGAAGAAAAACCGAAAGAUAUUGCUGCAGGCCCUAUUCAAAACCUGAUUGGUGCCGAGGUCCGCGGCAGAGUUGAUGGAGCAUUUGACUCAGGUCUUCUGAUGACUGCAACUGUUAAUGGGAAAAUCUUCCGAGGAGUCUUGUUUGCACCUGCACCUGAAGUUCCCUCAAGAGGGUCAACUCCAGCAAACCAAGUUAUCAAUAGUCUACCAUUUUCUCACAUUGAAACCUUAAAGCCUUCAAGGCAGUCAUCGACAUUUCCGGCCGGUCAGGGUUUCCGGGAAACUCAAAUGAGUAGAACAUAUCCAGUAACAACAGGUGGUCCAACAUUAGCCAAAGAACCAAAGCAGAGAAAUGAUCUUCAAGGAGUAGUCCUAACAUUGGGAGGACCUAACAGUGGCCAUGUUGGACAAAUCUAAUUAAAUAUGGUAAUGUUAAUUUUCCCUUGUACAUCCAAAUUAAAUUUUAUUUUAUAUUUUAUAUUAUGGUAAAACCUUCAGCUGUGAUAUUUCAGUACCAAUAAAUAAUUAAGGUUGGUCUGCUAAUAUAAUUCACUUCGCUA